AUGUUCCCAUCUCACCAGGGCAGCGGCCGGUGGUGGACUAAGGAGCAACAGCCGGCGGUAGACGGUGAGGAGCGGCAGGUUGGCAGCCGAUGGGGAGGACGACACGAACGACGAGCGGCGACGGCAUCUUGGUGAUGCGCUGCACGAUCCCGUAGUACAUGUGGUAGGUGUUGUUGGGGUUCACCACCAUCCCAGGGAGGAACAGCAGUAGCUCCGGUGUCCUCGGCCUCUCCAACGUCACGAUUCUGCCGCUGGCCUAGCUCUGCAUCGAUCUGUCCGUGCGGGAUCAGAGGAGGAGCUAAUAAGCUAGGUAGGUAGGUGAAGAAGAAUGGUGAAGAUCUGCUGCAUCGGGGCGGGGUACGUGGGCGGCCCGACGAUGGCGGUGAUCGCGCUCAAGUGCCCCGACGUGGAGGUGGUGGUGGUGGACAUCUCGGCGCCGCGGAUCGAGGGGUGGAACAGCGAGCGCCUCCCCAUCUACGAGCCCGGCCUGGACGAUGUCGUCAGGCAGUGCCGCGGCCGCAACCUCUUCUUCAGCACCGACGUCGAGCGCCACGUCGCCGACGCCGGCAUCGUCUUCGUCUCCGUCAACACCCCCACCAAGACCCGCGGCCUCGGCGCCGGGAAGGCCGCCGACCUCACCUACUGGGAGAGCGCCGCCCGCAUCAUCGCCGACGUCUCCCGCUCCGACAAGAUCGUCGUCGAGAAGUCCACCGUCCCCGUCAAGACCGCCGAGGCCAUCGAGAAGAUCCUCGCCCACAACAGCAAGGGCGGCAACAUCAGGUACCAGAUCCUCUCCAACCCGGAGUUCCUCGCCGAGGGCACCGCCAUCCAGGACCUCUUCUCCCCGGACCGCGUCCUCAUCGGCGGCCGCGAGACGCCCGAGGGCCGCGCCGCCGUCGCCGCCCUCAAGUCCAUCUACGCCCGCUGGGUCCCCGACGACCGCAUCAUCACCACCAACCUCUGGUCCGCCGAGCUGUCCAAGCUCGCCGCCAACGCCUUCCUGGCGCAGCGCAUCUCCUCCGUCAACGCCAUCUCCGCGCUGUGCGAGGCCACCGGCGCCGACGUCACGGAGGUGGCCAACUCCAUCGGCAAAGACUCGCGGAUCGGGCCGAGGUUCCUCUCCGCGAGCGUCGGCUUCGGCGGCUCCUGCUUCCAGAAGGACAUCCUCAACCUGGUGUACAUCUGCGAGUGCUACGGCUUGCCGGAGGUGGCCAACUACUGGCACCAGGUGAUCCGGAUCAACGACUACCAGAAGAGCCGCUUCGUGAACCGGGUGGUGUCCUCCAUGUUCAACACGGUGGCCGGCAAGAAGGUGGCCGUGCUGGGCUUCGCGUUCAAGAAGGACACCGGCGACACGAGGGAGACGCCGGCGAUCGACGUCUGCAAGGGGCUCGUCGGCGACAAGGCGGUGGUCAGCAUCUACGACCCGCAGGUGACGGAGGAGCAGGUGCAGCGCGACCUAGUGAUGAACAAGUUCGACUGGGACCACCCGCGCCACCUGCAGCCGAUGAGCCCGUCGUCGGCGAAGCACGUCGCCGUGUCGUGGGACGCCUACGAGGCGGCGCGCGGCGCGCACGCCGUCUGCAUCCUCACCGAGUGGGACGAGUUCCGCCGGCUCGACUACCAGCGGAUGUACGACGCCAUGCACAAGCCGGCCUUCCUCUUCGACGGCCGCAACGUCGUCGACCCGGACAAGCUCCGCCGCAUCGGCUUCGUCGUCUACUCCAUCGGCAAGCCGCUCGACCACUGGCUCAGGGACAUGCCCGCCGUCGCCUGAUCUUUUUUUUUUCUUUUCUUUUCUUCAGUUCAGAUUUCUCAGGGACAUGCAUAGAAGUAGCACCGUUACAGAUUUUCGGUUUUUUUUUACGUUAGAUUUAUAUGUGAUAUCCAUUGCACAUUCAACCUUCUAGCGUCUUCCGUAAUUUGUAAUAAGUUUUUGCUCUAGUUUACUCUAUCCGUUUUCUAAAA